AUGGCGGCGAGUCGGCAGGGCAGCUUUCUACGAGCGCUGCUCUGUGCAUUGCUGGCGAGUUACCAAUUGCUUACAGAAGCUACAGAAUUAUUAAAGGAUGAAGUGGAUAACGUUAUAGAAGACGACAUUACCCAGAAACUAAGCGAGGACCUGCUGCAAAGCAUCGAAAGGAAGUUUCAAGUGGACCUUGAAAGAUCAGUCGACAUGGUCUUGCUUAAGAUCAAGCUGCUGUUGCAAAAUGGUACUACGCACAUUCAAGACAGCUUGAUGGAACUGCAGAGUAUGUUGGAUUUGAUGAAGAAACACACAGGGAUACAGGUUGAUUCAUGCUUGAAGAGCAAGCAAAAUGACACGUCUGCUAUGGCAGAGAAGGCGCUGCACCAAAUGGUGGUAUGCGGGUACGCGUUAAUAGGUCAAGACCCGACGCGGGCUGUUGGAAAAGUGGUAGCUUUGAAGGACAUGAUAAAACAAGGUGUAAAACCAAUUAACGCGAAGAGAAAAGAAAUCGACGCGCUUUUGAAGCUGUGUGGCCACGAGCACGACUCAUUGAAGAAUGUCAUAAAAUGUGUCAUAUCUAAGUCUCCAAUAAUAAAAGCAUCCAUGAUGGAAAUAACUGGAAAGUUGAUAGAGGGUGUUGUGGAACUAACAAAGUUAAUGGCACAUGGUGCUAUGCACGAAGCCUGUUUGAUAGAAGUGGUAAAGACUCUGGAAGACGAAGCAUUUGAUCUCAUUAAAGAAGUAAAAGAUUGCGCAUAUGGAAACAACAGCUACUUUGAUCAAAUCGAUAAUUAUUUAAACGAGAAUAAUGCAACGGUUCUUGAUAUUGAGAGAAAAUUAAAAACUGUUGAUACUGAUAGAAAUAAAAAUACCAGUAACGUGAAUGAAAUGAAAGAGAUGUUGCAGAGAAUGGUGCUAGAAGACAAGAAGAAGGAUGUUGACAAAAAGCUUAAAGAUAAAUUGUUGAAGCUACGAAACGAUAUCAAAUUUAAUGACGCUAAUGAUAUAUCCAUUAAAGAUACAUAA